GCUACACGUUUGGUGAUAGAAAAUUGUUGUUAUUUCUCACGUUUGAAAGUUUAGAUUUAACAUAAGUCAAGAUCGGACAACAUUUUAAAAUGCGACGAUAAAAAUGUCUUAACAACAAUGUGCUGCAUUUUUACGAAGCAUCGUAUUUUAGAUAAGAACUGUUUACUUGCUAUCAAAUUUGUAUUGUAAAAGCCUUUACAGCACAAUGGCUGCUGAAGAAACACCCUACUCAGAAUUAAUAAACUGGGAGGUUGAUACUUCAAACAGAAAUGGAUUAAAACAAGAGAAGCAGUUAUCUGCCUCACAAAGAAGAUACUACAGUUUCUGCAGGAGGAAGUCAUUUGCUGCCUUUGUGGCAUCCAAGAGGGACAACCAUCACGAAGAAAGAAGCACAUCUUGGCGCUGCUGUGGCCAGACCUUCAUCGAACACUCUUCACUUCACAAACAUGUGGCCAGAACUCAUGAUAUUGAAAUACAGCAGCUCACAUUGGCCACGUACCAACAUUUGUUAACCCAGCUGGAAAAAGGAACUGAAACACAGCAGCCAAACGAGCACAAAGCAGAAGCAGUGAACAUUUCUGCAUGGAUACCUGACAUCAGCCAUGUCUCUGAGGAACAACUUAAAAAUGGGCCAGGAAAAGUUCUCCUCUACUACUGCUACUGUCAAGUGGAGGAUCCACAUGUCAUCUGUGAUUGGCAGAAAGCUUUGUGUGAGAGGCUUCACUUAACUGGCAAGGUGAGGGUGGCAACAGAAGGCAUUAACGGGACAGUUGGUGGAACCCAUGUGGCGACUAAUUUUUACAUUGAUGCAGUGCUUUCACAUCCUCUCUUCAAGAUGGAUAAAGAGGAUUUUAAGACCAGUGAUGGUGGUGCUAAGUGUUUUACAGAUUUGAAGGUCGGGGUCUUUAAGGAGAUCGUCCCAAUGGGAGUGGACCCUGAUGCUAUUUCUUACCAGCUGGCAGGUGUUCAUCUGGAGCCUGAAGAAUUCCACAAGGAAGUGGAGGCUCUUUUGGCUAGAGGAGAUUUGUGUACUGACACCGUCCUACUGGACUGCCGCAACUUUUAUGAGAGUAAAAUCGGCCAGUUUACUCAAUGUUUGGCCCCAAACAUCCGUAAGUUCAGUUAUUUCCCGGACUAUGUCGACCAGAACCUGGAACUAUUCAGAGACAAGAAAGUCCUCAUGUACUGCACAGGAGGGAUCCGAUGUGAGCGCGGUUCUGCCUACCUCCGCUCUAAAGAUGUGUGCAAAGAGAUUUACCAGCUGAAAGGUGGAAUUCAUAGGUACCUGGAGCAAUUCCCAGAGGGUUUCUAUCGAGGGAAACUCUUUGUGUUUGAUGAACGCUACGCCAUCUCCUCUAACAAUGACGUGAUUUCAGAUUGCAGAUACUGCGGCUGCCCAUGGGACCAGUAUGAGCUCUGUGCCACCCAGUUCUGCUGCCAGCUAGUGCUGUCCUGUCCCAGCUGCAGACAGGAUGGACACACCGCUUGCUGCCCCACCUGUCAGACCAAAGGUCAGGCUGAGUGCGAGACCACCUCAGACAUUCAUCACAAAGAGGAAUGUGAGUGCACCGGCAGCCGUCCCAGAAUCCCUCAGGAUGUUUAGCAAGUGGACUUCAGAAAUGUAAAAAUUUGGUUUGUCCUUGAAUAUAAAUCAAUGAAAUUAUUGGAAAAAAAAUAUGUGGCAAAUUUUUAAGUUCUGAUUGUCUAAACAGAUUUUUUGAGAGUGAAUCCAGAUACACUUGGAGAAAGUCCUGAAAACAGUCAUCUUAUUUACUAAUCAAUGUUUUAAAUAAUUUUUAUUGAAGAAAUAUGAGGAUAUGUUUACUGGAUCAAUGAAUAUUAUUAUGUGAAUAUCAUAAACAUUUAAUCUGUAAUAAAAGUUCUGGUCCAGUUUAUUCCAGUAUUUCAGUGUUUUAAGUAUCCAUCCAUGCGGGUCGCCGGGGCUGCUGCCUUAGCCCUACUUUAAGGAAGAACCUGGUCACCCUGUGGAGAGACUCAUUUUGGCCUCUUUAUUUGUGAUCUACGGUUUUAGGUAAAACUAUAAAUAUGCAGAACAUUUUGAGUUACGUUUUUGAAACUUUCCAAGCCUUGCAAAUGCUUACAAAGUGGGUUAGUGAAUCUGCAGCUGUUGCUUAAAUAAACCACAAUCAUCUGUGUGCCUUACCAGAAACUUUACUUUUUUUUUCAAACAUAAACAUGUUCACCUAACCUUGUGUCUAUAUGAAAACAUAUGUUCAGAGGUGUAUAGUAAAGUCUAAGCCUGUAUGACCCGGUGUCUGUGUGAAGGAUGAAGGAAGUCUUUAGUUAAACCAGUUGUAUGAAAUUCCUACUGAGAUCAUUUUCAGAUCAAAGUACAAGUUAUUAACAUGUUUAUUGGAUAAUUUGGGGCUUGACUAUAUAUUGAUGGAAACAGCAGCAUCAUCUUCAUCCAUUCACAAAAUAAGCAUGAUGACCAGAAAAUAGUGGUAAUGUGGUUUGAUUAUUGAUGUUUAUUUGGUUCAAGAAGAAGCUUUGGUUUUUACCAAAGUAAACUUGAAAGAGGAAAUUUAACAUAUUACAUGAAACAGAUCAAGUUUGAAGAUGAAAGGAAAUAAAUAUUGACAU